UUGAUAGAUCGAUUCUCUCCAAUUUUUCCGGAUGCCAAACAGAACUUCCACGCCGCCGCAGCCAUCGCCAUAAUGCUGAGAAGAAAACCCACCAAAAUCGACGUGAGCAUCGAAGACAAAGAAGAGAUCGAACAAGCCCGCAAAACUGCCGCCGACGCCGCCGCCAUCCCUUCCGCCGGCGACGCUCUCGUCCGACUCCUCGACCGCACCCAAUCCAACAACCCCGCCGCCCCCUCCAAAUCCCAACGCAUCGGCCUCUCCUCCUCUUGA